AGUGUCUAAAUCACUAGAUCACUAAUCCGAGUCUGAUUAACAAGUAAGAGGUUCUGAACUAGUUGAUAGUUCUUCUUACUUACCAAACCAUAUAUGUGUACAUCUAUAGAAAUCCUACGGCCAUAUAAGUGAAAAUACCAAUACAAGCUAAGUUACACAUUUUCCUGCAUUUUAACAAAAAUUAUGGAAGCUCCAAACUCAGAUAAAAAAGUUCAUCAUGCAAUAGUUCUUCCCUUACCACUUCAAGGCCACUUAAAUCCUGCCGUUAACUUCUCUCUCAAACUUGCAUCAUCAAAAAACUUCACCAUAACUUUCUUAACCUUUGAAUUCCUCCACCAACAAAUCACCCAAGCCUGCCCUAGAGACAACUCCGACGACAUCUUUUCUAGAGCUCGUACCGGGCUUGAUAUCCGGUAUAGGGCUAUACCCGACGGACUGCCUUUGGAGUUUGAUAGGGCGGGUAAAGGUGAUGAGUUUGUAGGUUGGUGUUUGCAUGGUGGUAUGUUUGAUUUAAUGGAUAAGGAAAUUGAGAAGUUAGUGUUGAAUUCAAACCCAAAAGUUGAUGUGUUAAUUAUUGACUCAUUUUAUCCUUGGGCUUCUAAGAUUGCUAAGAAGUUUGGGCUUCGAUCUGCUUCGUUUUGGACUGAGCCUGCUUUGGUUUUCAAUCUUUAUUAUCAUAUUCAUCUCCUUAAGCAACAUGGUCACUUUGAUUGCCCUGAUAUUCGGAAGGAUCCAAUUGAUUACAUACCAGGAGUAGACUCAAUUGACCCACAAGACUUGAUGUCAUAUCUCCAUGACAAAGAUAUCUCAACAAACAUUCACAACUCAAUUUUUCAAUCAUUCCAAGAAAUUAGAUUAGCCGAUUAUGUACUUUGUAACACAGUUGAAGAGCUUGAAUCAAACACCAUCUUAGCCUUACAAGAUAUCAUGCCCAUUUUUGCAAUUGGGCCAAUUUUCCAAUCCGAGUCACUAGAAAAUAUUGUGUCCACAAGUCUUUGGGCCAAGUCCAAUUGCUUGGAAUGGCUGGGUACCAAGCCCAAUUGUUCGGUUUUGUAUGUUUCAUUUGGUAGCCUUGCUAAUUUUACUCAAAAUGAUGUUGUGGAGAUUGCUUAUGGUCUUAUGGAAAGCAACGUUGAUUUCAUUUGGGUGCUUCGCCCUCGUACCGUGCUUCAUGAAUCCAAUCACUUGUUGCCCAUGGGGUUCGAGGACCUCGUUUGUGGUCGUGGGAUGGUUGUUCCUUGGACUAAUCAAAUCGCGGUUUUGUCUCAUCCUGCUAUUGGUGGAUUCUUGACACAUUGUGGGUGGAACUCUGUGUUAGACAGUAUGUGGUAUGAAGUUCCAAUGUUGUGUUUCCCGGUAUUUUCUGAUCAAUUUCCUAAUCAGAAGUUAGUGGUUGAUGAUUGGAAGGUCGGAAUUAAUUUGUGCAAGGAAAAACCAUUGAGGAAGGAGAUAACGGCACAAAUCAAGAGUUUUAUGAUUCAACACAAAGGUAAUGAAUUGAGGAAACACAUUAGUGUGUUAAGGAAACUAUUAGGCAACGCAUUAGAAGAUGGUGGAUCUUCAAGUAAAAAUUUAGAUCUGUUUAUUGAGCACUUGGAUCAGUGACAUGAAUUUCAUAUGAAAUAAGUCCUUAUGUAUCCUUCUAAUACAUGCAUUUUAAUUUCGCUAUAAGA